CUUAAUUGCAUUGUUUGAAUGCGUUAGUGUCGGGAAGUUCUAGUCCGAUUUGAAUGUUACAUCUGUUAUUCUUACAAUGUUAGAUAGCCUAUUUAUCUCGUUAUGAUUAAACGCAGAGCAGUAAUAUGUUAUAAAACGGGGAGCAGUACUUCUUAAAAAUUUCUAACUUAUAUUUUCAAAACCACGCGGACUUAGUGGCGCGUAACAGCUAGUGUCAUUGUAAGUUUUUGUUAAAGUGUUUGUAAGUGUAAUUUAACUCUAAUAUCAAUUGUCGAAAUCUACCUCUUCAGUUAAAAUAUGUUUAUCAACACAAAAAUGAUAAGGUAACUAAAACAAAAGAUUUAUUUCGCACCGAAGGCUCUGGUACCAUGCGUUAUGCGAAACGUAUCAUGUAAUUAAAAUCAAAAUCUCAUACACUUCCGCACCUUUACCAAAAUGUUAGAUAAUGCAUCGGCCGGCGACACGGUUCCUCGUACACAUUGUCAUACAAACGAACUUUAAAUACCUACAGUCAUAUGUAUUCGUUUCCAUUGAUAUAAAACGAAAUAUAUUCGGCUUUGUGAAUAACUAGAAUGCCUAGAUUUCAAAUCUAUGACGUAUGAUUAUUUGAUCUAGGUAUAUUGUUGUUUGAGUAUUGUUGCCCUUGUACUGAUGAUGGAUAAUGUAUUAUAAUAGGAAAAUAAGUAAGUGCUAGCAAGCGCAAAAAGUCAGAAGAAAAAUAUUUUUAAAAAUAUUUUUAAGAAUGUAGAUCAUAGUUCUUCUGUAAAUAUAAACCAAAUAGGUACUUUUUUACCGGGAUGGUUGGCGCUCUUUUUGGGGGAGGCCUACGUUCAGCAGUGGACGGCGAUAGGCUGAGAUGAUGAGGUACUUUUUUUACUAUUUGUAGUAGAUGGGGCAAAAAUUCGUAAAUUCAUAAUGUAAUGUGUUCAUAGCUUAAGAGGAUAGAAAACCUCAAUUUUUAACUGAAGCAAUAUCUGAGAAAUACUACCACGUCACUGCACACUGCUGUCACCUCAAAAGAGAAGUAAUAAUACCAACAUUUUCCCAUGAACGGUAUCUUUUUGAUUUCCGAUAUACAAUGGAAACAGUGUGAUUGUCACCGAACAAAAAGGUCAUUUGGCGUGACCAUUGCCCAGUGGGCUUCAGACCCCACCGGUAGAGCUGUGCCGAACGUCGCGACUGCUGCACGGACACUGGAUAUGAUCAGGUAAACUAUUUUAUAUUUUGUGAUAUUUGUCAUAGUACAUAUAAUAAAGAGUUUAUAAUUGACGCAGAGCUGGGAAAACGCCUCUGCCCAUCUAGGGAAAGAUGGUUUUGAUUUAUAUUAACGUGAGUGUGUGAGUCCACACAAAAGUUUUGAAUUUGAGUUAUCAGUCGGUUGAUUGUUGUUUGUCACAAAAAAAGAGCUUUCGUUCUUGGAGUGCUUAGUUAAAAUUCAUUCACUAUUUAAAUAGGUAGUUAUAGAGUAUAAGUGUAACAAAUUUAUAAUUUCGCAUUGUGUAUCAUGAAUUCGGUGAAUAAACUUAUCUAUUUGAUGUAUAAAAGCCAAUUACUUUAUGUUUAUGCGAGAAGUUUUGCACAAGAUUUGUUUCUUACAACUUUAUAAGUCCUAAGACACUUACAACAGGCAGUGACGCUUUUAUUCGUGAGUCUGUUGCUGUAGUAACAUGUUGUUUAGACAUGUAGUUUCUUAAUAUUCAAGAAAGUACAGUACAGGUAUCUAUUUCGAAUAAUGUUCGUCUCAAUCGAAUCGUCUUAAAUCGAUGCUGCGUUUUGUAACUUUUCGGGUAGACAGUUAAAAUCUCCAGAGAGAAUAAAUAAAUGUUAUGUUAAAAACUUUUAAAAUAUAGUAGUUGUGUUUAUUCUUUCAGUAGGGUUUCAUCAUAAUGCCAAAGCACACUCAUUUAUACAACAGUUAACGACAUUGUAACGGGACUUUCAAAUCACAUUCAGUAAUAGACACGGGAUAUGAGCAUAUUAUGUGGUUGUUAAACUAAAUACCUGCCUAUUGUGGUUGCCUAGGGUGUUCACUCGAGUUCUUUAAUAUAUUGGUAUUGUGAAGAAUUCAAAAUAAGUGUUGGAAAGCUCAAGCAAAGGUAGUGAAAUAUAGACCAAAAAUACUUGCUCAUGGGUUUUUUUUUUAUAUACCGUGCACUGAGUGAUACUGAGCGAAUUCACAUUAUUUUGAUUGUAUUUUUGACCACAAUUUAAUAAUGACCAUAGCUAUCUCAUUAUUUUUACUUUUUACGUUCAUUCAUAUUUUGCAAGCCUGCUACUCUACGGCAGUAUAAUUAAACUCGACUGUACGUUUUUCGACUCUACAUUGUCAUAUUAGCGGGUAUCCAUCCUUUCAGUCUGGCGUUAUUACUUAGAUUGAUUGAUUAUUUUAACUGACUUUAAAAAGGUUGUUCGUUAAUUGGCUGGUUCAUUAGCGAUUAUCCCAAAAAGUAUAGGUUCGAUUUGAUAGGUUUUGUAUUUUGUGAAUGUGUUUUGUAUUAAAAGAGCCUGUGGUCAGAAAAGUACCUCUUUGAAAUAAAAGUUCGGUGAAGCAGUCAAAGCUUUGGCUACCUGCUGAGAUCUGAGGGUCUACCAGUAAUCUUAAAGUUAUAGUAUGGUUGUGGAAGGGUAACGGCGUAAUACACGGCAUAGAGAAUGAUGCCGAUCUUUCACACUAAUGCUUCUUUAAGAAGUGGUGGUGGACUUCUUGUUUACAUAACAGAUAAUUAGUUUUUGUCAGUACUUGCUAGCUUGAUAGAAUUGACACAUCAAAGGCUCUCAAAGAACCUGUGAAUGUAAGCUUAUUGAAGUUAUGGAAGCAAGAUGGCGCACCCUGAACAUACGGCGUAAAGCUCCUUAGUUCUUAACAAUAAUAAACGUCUUUCUAUGAGGUAGUAGAACCUCAAGAAUGAAGACAUACAAGGGCUCGCAAACACAAAAGCAUCCCCAAUACAUAUGCAGAUUAGGUGUGAAAACGGUUCAACAGUUAUUCGUCACCAGCGUGACAAAGACUUUCAGUGAACCGUUCCCUCUUGUGAAUAGAAUGUAAAAGGGCUAACGACACAUCAACUAGGUCAGCCACCAAUAGGAUAACGGUUAUCGAUACAAUAGGAGAGCUUUGUGGAGCGGAACAUCGGUCUAUCACACGGUGUCACCUCUGCUGCUACCAAGCUCUGUUGACGCCAGUCAACCAGCCAUUGUGGAAGCGAGACGGAGUGAUAUAAUGUGUAGCGGCAUCUCGCUUUCAUUGUUACCAAGUAGGUAUAUACUGCUAUGGGAUAUUUAUUGUUCCUUUUGUUGAUUGACUAUCUCGAUUUCUUGAUUUCAAUGACUUUUGUCGAUUUUAUAUGGCCACUAAAGUAUUGUUAAUAGUGAAUUUUAUCUAGAUCUUCAGUUGUUUGUUGAAUGACUUUUGUUAUUUUGAACGGACUGGAAAGCUUCUGUCGUUUGUGGUCAGCAUUUUUAAUAAUAGAGUUGUUUUACAUUGAUAAUAUGAGUAGAUAUCACUAGAAUUUGUUGAUGAGGCUUGAAAAUUAUUAGGCAGAGGCAUUCUGUAAGGCGUUUAAUUCUUGUCACUCAAGAGGUUUCCCAGGCUCAGUUAAGUUUCGUUGAAUAUUUGCUGAAAAUAGUACCUAUGUUGGACAUCAUCAUCAGCCCGUACCUAUUCGUCCACUGCUGGACAGGCCUCUCCAAUUGCAAGCCAUCGAGAUCUAUCUUCGGCUGCUCGCAUCCAGCUCCUGUCAGCCAUCGCGCGCAGAUCACCAAAAACAUUUUAAAUUAAACAUUGUUGAACAUAAUAACGAUGAACCAUGGGUUCACAUAUUUUUAUAAACGAAAGGUCAAACUCAUUAUACAUAGGCACACUAAGUAUUGCCAUACACAAAAUAUAACAAACGAGAUAUUGUUACAUACAGACAGACAAUAUAGCACAAGUUUUGCAAUACUAUAAUUUAGAUAUAUUUUUCAUGUCCUUGGUCUGAAAAUGAUGAUCAUAAUUAUAGUAUCGUUUACUCUGCUUUUGAUGAUUCGAAAUGUCAAUGAAUUUAUGUAGAGGAGAUUGGCAGCUAUUUAUAAAUAACUAGCGGCUACUAUGAGGCACUCUAAGGCUAUUCUAUUGUGGUGCGGCGUACUGAUCCGCGCCGCCUUCCCCAUGGAGGUCGCACAUGAUUACGAGAAACAUACCGAAAUCAAUUUAGAAUCGGAUUCAGUGAGAGGUCGGCGAGGGGUAAUUGAGGAAGAGAAGUACUAUAACUUGCAAACCCAUCGCCAGGAGUCGAACCUGAACCAACCGUGGAUACCGGGUCCACUGCCCCCUGAAGAUGAUCCUACCACCAAGAUAUCCAUCACCAACGAGGUAAAGGAAGUACUUCCUCUGUACCAAACCACAGAGAAAGUGACUGAUAAACCCACUGGUAGAGGAGCGAGAGCGUCUAAUGAAAACUGGAUCAAACUUCCACUGUCAGGCCGUGAUGAUCUACAGCGAGACCAAAGAGAUCAGAGAGACCAAAGGGACCAGAGGGAUCAGAGAGAUCAAAGGGAUAAUAUACUGACACCUCCACAACCUUCAGGAGAUCUCAUCAAUUCUCGUAUGCCAAGAGUCAACUUCGUCACUCAAAACAAAGCACUGGAAGCUUCAGAAUCACGGAAUGAUAAAGAAUCUGUCCAAAGACCAACAAGAACGGAUGAACUGCGAACUGAGUUUGUAAGGCCCGACGAAGAGAGAGAUAGAGCUAAGUACAAGCCUGUUUAUCCUCGACAGGCCGUUUAUAAUCCACAGAUCCCAGAAGAGUCCAGAAGGUAUUUCUACGAUGAUAGGUACUACCCAGUUCCAGAUGAUCUGUAUCGACGAGACCCUUACUAUGACAUGAUUGACCGAAGACGUUACUACCCUUACUACGGACCAAGAGUCGAUAGAUUCGAUGAAAAUUACGAUAAUAUGGUACCGAGGAAACCUAAAAGAAUCAUUUAUUAUGCUCACUUACCUGAGGUCGUCCGCACUCCACCCAAUGUUGACUUAAGAUAUCGUUACUCCAUGGAUCCUUACAGGCGAUUUGACGACGACAUGUACGCUAAUGCAAGGAACGGAAGAUACGAUUAUAGAUUCAGGAACAGGUACCCUUACGCUCCUCUAAGGAAGGAUGAAAGGAACUACAGGGAUCUGGCUGGAGCUGGCACUGCUGUCAAAGAUAAGAAGGUUGAGGACAAAGUAACCCCAACACCGAUUCUGCCAGAAAAGCAGGAUAAAUUUAAAACAGCGAUGAAUGCUAACAGGAAUCUUAUUAAUAGUCACCAGUAUCAUGAAAGUGUGGACACUUACAAUGACCCGCUCACACAUAAAGGUUUCCCAGACGUAGUUCGACCUGACAACAGUUACAUCAGAUUUGAUGAACCUCUCUUCCAAGGAACCGUCGAUGAUCCCUAUCAAAGAAAAUAUUGAUUGCAUAAUGGACACAGUUUUUGGCUAGUUUUUCAAUAAUAACAUGAAAAAUAGCCAUAAACGACUAGAACACUAAGAAACUAAUAGUUUAUCAAAAGCAUUUAAUUUUGACAUAGUAUUUAUUUUUAGAAUGAAAUGUAAUAUAAAAUGGAGGUUCUAGAACUAUUUUGUGACGCUAAUAAACGUAAUAACUGA